CGGCGCGGGUCAGGUGCUGUGCGCCUAGGUAGCGUGCAGGUGAGCCGCUGCGGGAUCGGGGGCAUCCCUCACUCCUGCCACCUCCCGGCUGUUACCCCCGGUCUGCGGGAGGGAGCUUUCUCCAGGCCCACCCUCCCACUGCCAUAAACGGAUGCGCACUGAUCGGAUCGCUGCGAGGAUUAUCUUACACUGAUCAAGUACUUUGAAAAUGACUUCAAAAUUUCUCUUGGUGUCCUUCACACUUGCUGCACAAACUCUUUCAACUACAUUUUCUCUCCAACCGGACCAGCAGAAGGUUCUACUAGUGUCAUUUGAUGGAUUCCGUUGGGAUUACUUAUAUAAAGUUCCAACACCCCAUUUUCAUUAUGUUAUGAAAUCUGGUGUUCACGUGAAGCAAGUUACUAAUAUUUUUAUUACAAAGACCUACCCUAACCAUUAUACUUUAGUAACUGGCCUCUUUGCAGAGAAUCAUGGGAUUGUUGCAAAUGAGAUGUUUGAUCCUAUUCUGAACAAAUCUUUCUCCUUGGGUCACAUGAAUAUUUAUGAUUCUGAGUUUUGGGAAGAAGCAACGCCAAUAUGGAUCACAAAUCAGAGGGCAGGACAUACUAGUGGUGCAGCCAUGUGGCCCGGAGCAGAUGUGAAAAUACAUAAGAGAUUUCCUACUCACUACAUGCCUUACAAUGAAUCCGUUUCAUUUGAAGAUAGAGUUGCCAAAAUUAUUGAAUGGUUUACAUCAAAAGAGCCCAUAAAUCUUGGGCUUCUCUAUUGGGAAGAUCCUGAUGACAUGGGCCACCAGUUGGGACCUGACAGUCCACUCAUGGGGCCUGUUAUUUCAGAUAUUGACAACAAGUUAGGCUAUCUCAUCCAAAUGCUGAAAAAGGCUGAGUUGUGGAACAUUCUGAACCUAAUCAUCACAAGUGAUCACGGAAUGACCCAGUGUUCUAAGGAAAGGAUAAUAGAACUUGACCAAUAUCUGGAUAAAGACCACUAUACCCUGAUUGACCAAUCUCCAGUAGCAGCCAUCUUGCCAAAAGAAGGUAAAUUUGAUGAAGUCUAUGAAGCACUAACUCAUGCUCAUCCUAAUCUUACUGUUUACAAAAAAGAGGAGAUUCCGGAAAGAUGGCAUUACAAAUACAACAAUCGAAUUCCACCAAUCAUAGCAGUGGCUGACAAAGGGUGGUAUAUUUUACAGAAUAAGUCAGAUGACCUUAUGUUAGGCAACCACGGCUAUGAUAAUGCAUUAGCAGAAAUGCAUCCUAUAUUUUUAGCCCAUGGUCCUGCCUUCAGAAAGAAUUUCACAAAAGAAGCUAUGAACUCCACAGAUCUGUACCCACUGCUGUGCCACCUCCUCAAUAUCACCACCAUGCCACACAAUGGAUCAUUCAGGAAUGUCAAGGAUAUGCUCAAUUCAGCAACUCCAAAAGCAAUUCCUUAUACACAGAGUACUACCCACGUCCUUGGUAGUAUAAAACCAAGCGAAUAUGAAUAUGAGCAAGAGGAAGCAUAUCCUUAUUUCAUAGGGGUUGCUCUUGGCAGCACUAUAGUGAUUGUAUUUUUUGUAAUUUUCAUUAAACAUUUAAUUCAAAGUCAAAUGCCUGCAUUACAAGAUAUGCAGGCUGAAAUAGCUCAACCAUUAUUACAAGCCUAAUGCUAUUUUGAGUGGAAUUGCACAUAGAAGUGGAGAAUGUAUAAUUAUGUCAGUGUUUGAAGGUUAAAUUCUAGGAAACCAGUUUCAGACAUUUGCAGUGACCAUCAAGCAUAUAUACAUAAUUUAAACAGUCUCCCUCUCUCUGUCUCUCUCUCUGUCUCUCUGUCUCUCUCUCUCUAUCUCGCACACACACACCCACACACACACAUACACACACACACACACAGGGACCAAAAUACUUAUACCUGUUAAGGAUUAAGGAUGUGAGAAUAUGUCUCCAUUGUUCUCUCUAACUUAGGGGUAGAUAAGAUCCUGCUUUAUUUUGAUUUGGCACAUAUAAUGUAUACAUUUCGCAACUUUGCACUAUUUAAAGUACCUUAUACACUGCACUUUAAAUUACUCUCCUAAUGGGUACUUUUAUUUGAAAUGCACUUUACGGACAAUUAUGUCUUAUACCUUGGCUGAAAAUGACAAUUUUUUGCACCCAUAUUACAGAAUAUUUGUUAUUCAUUGUUAAACUGAACGAAAUUUCUAAUUCCUGAAUGAUGUACAAAUCUAUCCCCUUAAAACAAGAAGAAAGUGAAAACUUGAAAAUUUAAUGUGAUCACCUUUGUACCUUGAAUUUUGGAGAGAUACAUUCCCAACAACACGUUGCACAUGUAGGUAUUUCUUGCCAUAUUUCUUUCCAGAAGACAUAAGUUUUCAUUUAUUUUUCCCCUCAAAAGAUUCAAAUACUGACAGAGUCAUUCGAAAUAUAUUGUUUCUGUCAUAAAAUUAAUUAUCACUAUUUCCUGAUUAGUCCUAUGGCUCUGAUUUUUAUAACAAAGACACCGUGAAUAUACAUUUCUUUCCUGGUAGUCUAGCAGUGGCCUGAAUAGAUCAGGUACCAUCUCAGCAAUGUUUUUUCUCUUGUCUGUAAUUAUUUGCUUCUUUGAAAACUAAAUCACUAUUAAUCACAUUAAAAAUCAUAUUCGAUGAAACAAUGUUUGUUUUCUUUCUGGUAGCAGGUAGUAACAGAGCACAAACAUCUUUAAGAUUUGAGCAUUUGAAAAUCCAGAGUUGCAAACAAGCACCAACUGUAUUUGGUAAAAUAUAGGCCAUUUAAUCCUUGGAAAGAGCUGAAUGGAGCCUGGAAAAAAAUUAGGCAGGACCACGUUAGAGAUGUUCACACUGUACCCAGAACAGUGGUAAAGGGUACCUGCUAGCAAAAACUGCUGCCUACUGGCCUGAGAGAAAGAUUUGUUGUCAUUUGACUUUUCAUUUCCAGAACUGAACGGUGAUGCUGACAACAGCAGAGAUUGUUUAUAGAAGACUAUUUUAUUUUUAAAGUCAAAUUAAACUAACUCUUAGUGGUAACAGGUAUUGAAACACAGAGGAGCUGACAUUAUAUAGCCCCGUUUCAAGAAAUAUUCGAAUGUCCACCUACCAGGUGUUCAGUGCAAUCAGGAUGAAUCCAAAUUCACAAAUAGGCUUCUACCUCCUCGGUGGUAUUUUUCACUAACCUGGUCAUCUCAGCCUCUCUCAUUCCAAUAACCUAAUGCUGUGCUUUAGAUCUCUAUAGUCAAGAAGUUUGGGAGAGAUGUAUUACAUAUGGCUUCACAAAGGAAAGCAGAAUCCCUGGAAAGCUUUCCUUGAAGAAAAUAAAAGCAGUUUAUAGACACAUGACUCCAUAGAUAAUAAUGUUAUUUUGUGCAUAUUUAUACACCAGUUGGCUAAUAAGUAGGUAAAGUGGUAUAACUAACUAUUCCAGAAAGAAAAGACAAAUCAGAUGUGAAGAACAAAUGAAACUGAAGUUAAGUACUUCCUAAAAUUAGGUGAAUGAUUAUUAUUUUUUUAAUGAUAAUACCAAGGAAGAAUGUUAACACCUAAUUCUCAUCUCAUUAUAAAACCUUAUUAGGACAGAAUGGAAUGACUGGAAGUGACCGACAGAUAAGAAAGGUGAGAAGUCAGACGGUAGAUAGCAAACUCCCCAGGAGUCUGGACUCUGGAUUAGACAUGCCAGAAUAUGUGGGCACUCACGUCAGCUUCUUUGUAGCUAUGAACUUACUUGUAUUAUUGAAAUGUUAGUAUAAUGACUGGAAGACAAAAUUAGUCCAUUUUAAAGCAUUAUUAUUCAAAUGCUGUCUGUACAUUUAAAUUAAUUGUUGCACUAAGUUCAUUUUAGAAGGGGCUAUGAGCAGUAAGAAGAAAGUAAAUUCUGUAAUAUCAAUGAAAGCACUAAAAUCCUGAUAAGAUUUGAUUAUUGGAUGGUUUAUUUUAUUUAUGGAUAUACUCCUGUAAAAUAUCAUCAGGAGAGUUUACCUGAAGGAAAAUAAAAUUUUAAACUUUUCUGAGAAAA